CUGUCUGAAAACUGCCAAAUUGACAUCUCUUACUUCCACAAAUGUAAUUUUCAUAACAAUACCCAUAUUUAUAUUUUAUCCUAAUUAUAUAUCUCUUAAAUAAUAAUGGCGGUGGUAAUAUCGUCUACGUUAAAAUUAAGUAAUUGUCCUGCUACUAUUUCAGUAGCUUACUUACGUUUAAACAAUUACAGCUCCAGUAGCAAUCCUACCACACUUAAUUUAUCCACUUUAAAAAAAGGUACUGGUGGUCGGUCAAGUUUUAAUGGAGUUGUUGCUACAGUGUUCGGAGCAACUGGGUUUAUCGGUAAAUAUAUUGUAAAUAGACUAGGAAAAUCGGGAUCACAGAUUAUUAUCCCGUACCGAGGUGACAAUUAUGAGCCUUUCCGCAUGAAAUUGGCCGGAGAUCUUGGUCAAGUGUAUUUCCAUGAAUACAAUUUAAGAGACGAGGAUUCCAUCAGAAAAUGCAUCAAAUAUUCAAACGUUGUCAUCAACUUAGUAGGCAGAGAUUGGGAAACGAAGCGAUUCUCAUUUAACGAUGUCAAUGUGGAGGGUGCAAGGCGGUUAGCAAGAUUGUCUAAAGAAGCCGGAGUCGAACGAUUUAUCCAUUUUUCAUCGAUGAAUGCCUCAGAUAAUCCCAACAGGAGUGGUAUAUUACCAAAUGGAUCUAAAUUCCUCGAAAGUAAAGGAUUGGGCGAACAAGCCGUGCUUGAGGAGUUCCCGGAGGCUACAAUAUUCAGGCCUUCUGAUGUCUACGGACAAGAAGACAGAUUUGUGAGGUAUUAUGCACACGCCUGGAGACGCCAAGCAACCUUCGUUCCGUUAUGGUACAAAGGUGAAAGAACCCAAAAACAACCAGUGCACGUUUCUGACGUAGCUACUGGCGUUAUGAACGCUAUUAAAGAUCCAGAUACUGCCGGGCAAAUUUACCAAGCUGUAGGACCUAAGCGAUACCUGCUAUCCGAAUUGGUAGACUACUUCUUCAGAGUGAUGAGGAAAGACGGUGAUUGGGGUUACAAACGUUACGACAUGCGCUGGGAUCCCAUCUUUCAAUUGAAAGUUACGCUAACCGAGAGGCUGACUUGGAACUGGCCGCUUGGUCACCUCCAUUGGGAGAAGAUCGAAAGGGAACAUUUAUCUGACGACGUAAAAGAUGAUAUUCCCACGCUCGAGGAUUUGGGAGUUCAUUUAACCACUGUGGAAGAACAAAUGCCUUGGGAAUUUAAGCCCUGGACAUAUGCUAUUUACAAGGGACAGGAUCCAGACGAGCCGCUUGCCCCUCCUGAACCACCAAAAGUAGUUGUAACAUAAAUCAUUUUGUUGAUUAAAGAGAGAAUAAUUCAAUUUGUUGUUUAUAAAACUGUUCAAGCAUUACUUUAAAUAAAUAAUGAUGAUGACUUAUAAUGAUGAUUUUA